AUGAAUAAUCCUUAUCAACCAUAUCGACCAUAUUCAAGAUUAUCAAAUACAUCUGUGCAUAAUCCUAACAUAAAAACAUAUGUUGACUCGGUAUUAACAAAAUCAAGGAAUAAUUAUGCUUCUGUCUAAUCGGACUCAUAACCAAGGUAUGAAUCCUACUAAGCAAACUCAAUUAAAACUGAUAUAGAUAUAAAAAACAAAAACAAUUCUCCUUUAAUCCUUUCCCAAAAGUCUAUGGUUAUUUAACCUACUUUAAAAUCAAAAUAUGAAUACUAAUCUCCAAAAAAAGUUGAAUCCUUAUCAUUUCAAUAAGAUAUCCCUCCUGUAAUCCCACUUAUUCCUUUAAUGUCUAAUGUUAGAGAAGAAUAUACUAAAGUAUAAAUCUUAUUAAGUAAUAAGAAAUAAGUUUCUACUCCUCUUAGUUAAACAAGUUCUCCAAUUAAAAAAUAAGAUAGACCUAAAGAAAAAUAUAAGAAUUUUGCAAUUAUUAAAAAACUAGGAGAUGGAUAAUAUAGCUAAGUGUUUCUAGCAAAACACAUAGAAACAGGUUUUCUAGUUGCAUUGAAAGUUAUUCAAAAAGCACAAAUUAUAAAAGAAAAUAUGCAAGCAUAGUUAGCUUGGGAAAUUAAAAUACAAUACCUUCUCGAACAUCCAAAUAUUACUAGACUCUAUACCUUUUUUUAAACUCGUAAAUUUUCCAUCUUAAUUUAGCUACUGAAAUUGUAUUAGUCUUAGAAUAUUGUCCACAUGGAUAAUUGAAUACACUUUAACAAAUGCAACCAAUAAAAAGGUUUUAAGAAAGAAUAGCAGCAUAAUAUGUUCAAUAAAUUACAUUUGCACUUAUGUACAUUCAUAAUCAAGAUGUUAUUCAUCGAGACAUCAAACCUGAUAAUAUCCUUUUAAGUUUUGGAUAAGUUAAAUUAGCUGAUUUCUCUUUUUGUGUGUAUUCUCCAGAUGAAGAGAGAUAAACUCAAUGUGGAACCAUUAUUUAUGCAUCCCCUUAAAUUCUAGAAGGAGAUACUUAUGAUAAAAAAAGUGAUAUCUGGGGUUUGGGAGUAUUAACUUAUGAAUUAUGUUUUGGCAAACCCCCUUGGAAAGAAAAUUAAUAAGAAUUAAUGAAAACUGUAAUCAUAAUUAUUAUUUUAGGCUUGUUUUAUGAUUCCUUACACGGCAUCUAGAGAUUUAAAAGAUUUCAUUGAAAAUCUUAUGAAAAGACUUUCUCGAGAUAGAUUUACUGCUUAACAAGCAUAUAAUCAUGCGUGGCUCCAAAGAAUUGCAUAGAUAGUUCCCUUUUAUAUCACAAACAAUCAAACUUUAUUUUUAUGA